AUGGGCGUUCCAGCCCUAAGUCUCCAUGAAAGUUUGCAGAUAGUCCGAUCUUGCUCUGAAGCACUUGACUGCAAAGCUUUUGAGGACCCAUACUAUGACCCCAAUCCCAUCGUUGCUGAGAUUACAGGCGAAGGAGAACUCGUGACCCAAAAUCACAAUUUGCAUAAUACCUUGUUCUGGACGCAAUCUACUGAUCAAAUUGGCAACCAAUUCAAUUAUGAAAGCAAAGCCCAGGAUUAUAUCUGUCUACUUGCUAGGCUUGGAAAUGAUGAAGUGCUUCACAGAUGCUGGUCUCAUUUCUUGAAGAACAUUCAACCUAAAAACUAUCAGAGCUGCAUCGCUGCCUAUGAGGUAGUGCUGGGUCUGAUCCAAAAUGUUCAGUCUGAAACAGCAGUGAAAUGGUUGGAAGAUAUCUCACAACAUUGCGGUGAUAACCUGCCAUUCAUUGCGAAGUUCCCGAAUGUUCGAUUCCUCCUUAGUGACCUUAUUGUGGGUGAGGCACUACCUGACCUAGUGAGGGGAGAGGACUACCUCGAACUACUUGGGUUCUGUCUUGAGGAUAUGGAUCGAAGGAUGGGUGUUCAAUGGAGCCCUGAGAGUCAAACCCAUUUCAGUACGGCUUUGGACCCUUCAGAAUCAGUCUACGAGACAUUUGAUGAUCAACCUUUGCCCAAAAUUGAUAACAAAUCUGUUGGCUCUGAUCAUGGAAGACAGUUGUAUACAGAGCUUCGCGUUCAUGGCUGCUCCAAGUCUCCGGCUGCACUGGGCAGGGUUGUAGAUCUGUUGAAUGACCACGACGGACAGUCCCAAAAGAUCGUCACUCAUCUUGAUUACAAUCCGGCACGGCUUGAUGAAUUUCGCACCAAAUAUGAAUCGCUCGAACUUCGAUGGGUACCAGAACACUCACCGAUUGAAUUUUCUAACUCCCAAAUUCCGGCACUGCGUGAUUCCUCUGAGCCUAUGCCCCCAUCUACCCUAGGCCUUAUUCGGGCUCGUUUGAUCAUUCAUGGAGUUCCACAAAUGGGAAUCAAUAACUUACAUUUGAUGCAACUCGGUUGCAUGGACAUGCGGUAUAGUCCAGACCAACCAUGGCAGCCAUCAGGCUACAUCGUGGUUUGGGACCGUCAUUUCGGGGAACUCCUCGGACUUUAUGUCGGACAGAACAACGGGGUCAUUGAUUGUGGUCCAACACCUUCAGAUGGCCCUCUUGGUGCCUUGAUGCAUCUCACGCUCUCAGCCAAUCCUGACCAACCAACAUUUUAUCCCACUGGCAUACGCACUCAUUCUCGAAAUUGCUGGGGGCCUUACUAUCUGGAUGUAGAUCCAAGUGCAGAUCUAGAGUAUUGA